AUGGGAUGUGCAUUCACGGCGGCUUUCUGGCUGUGCUCGAUCGAAUGGUUCUCGCCCGGCAACGCCAAUGGAAGAGCACUUCAGAAUUUACUCUCCAUGCUGAGGCGCUCGCAACAACUACGGACUCCGACCAGACUUGAGCUCUCGAAAGAGGGCCCAACUCAGCGAUUUCUGAGGUCCCACCGCACCACUGUCGAAGAUGAAGAUGAUUCGGAAGAAAGAGCCCUGAGUUUGGAGGAAAUGAAGAGGAUGAUGAAGGCGGGAAUGAACGAAGAAGCAUUCGCCGAAGAGCUCGGCGUUAGCGAAAAGAUGAAGUUGGUGUCGAGCCAACCUAACACCGGCUUGGCCACGUUCUUGACGUCCCCCGAAUACGCGAAGAUUGCAGCGUACCAAAACUUUUUGAUCGGAGCUCGGAGGGAUUAUGCGAACGGGGUGGCGGAGUCGUCCAAGAAGGCGAAGUCCAAGAAGUGGUGGAAGUAG